GUGACAUGCGGGGUGUGUGGUUAUUAGAGGCCCUUUUCCUCCGCCUACGUUGUCGUCAUUUCUCCUAGACUUGGUCUAUAAUCCUCGACUCUCCUUAAAAACACGUAAAUUUCGUGUUUGCCGGGUAGAGAGAAAAACUAGAAAAAGAGCUUGAUUAUACUGUCUAAUUUCGAUUACAAAUCACCUCAGGCUCAGGGGAAGUAAUCACAUUUUCUAACUUGCUUGGUUAACAUGAACGAACAGGCUAAGAAGAAUGAGAUUGUGAAUGCACAAAAUGGCAUGGAAAAGAAAGUGGAAACUGUGGAUUAUCGAUCUUCAGCAGGGCAAAGGCAAGAAGAGAGGAACGUGCAGGUAAUUCACCAGCCCCAUUCCACCAACACCAGUGGUGGUGUACUUGCUGGUGCUGCUGCUGCUGUUGCAUCCACUCUACAGUCAGCGAAGGAUGCCAUCUCCAAAAAAUAAUGUAAUUUUAUUAUGUUCUUUGAUCAAUUUGUUUAGCCAAGGACAUAUAGGUUUUGCCAAUAAUGUAAUUUUCUUAUAUUGCUAUUGCUAGUUGUCCUAUAGGCACAAAGACAUGGACAAACUAGUGUCAAUGAUGUAUUAAUCAUCGAAUUGAUCGCAUAAAUCCUUGUUUUUACUUUUGUAAUAGAAAAGGCUGAUUCUUCAAA